CGGCAGCAGCGUGUGGCCGCCAUGCCGAAGGCCAAGGGGAAGGGCCGCCGGCAGAAAUACUCCUACAAUCUCAACCGCAAGCGCCUCUACCGCAGCGCCCGCCGCCGUGCCGCCCCCCGCAUCGCCUGCUCGCACAUCCGCCAUGCCUGGGACCCCACCAAGUCAGUGGCCCAGAACCUGGCCGAGAUGGGCCUGGCCGAGGACCCCAACAAGGCCGUCCCCAUCCCCAAGAAGAUGCUGGGGAUGGAAGUGGAAAGCAGUGGACAGGGGCAAGGAAAGAGACUCGUGCGGAAGCCCUACGUGGUGACCGAGAUGGAAUAUGAGGCCAGUCUCCCUGAGAAGAAGUCAAACACUCUCUCACGAGACCUCAUUGACUACGUGCGAUACAUGAUCCAGAACCACGGGGAGAACUACAAGGAAAUGGCUCUGGAUGAGAAGAACUACUACCAGGAUACUCCCAAGCAGAUUAAGAGAAAGAUCAACGUGUACAAAAAUUUCUAUCCCGAGGAGUACAAGGAUUUAAUCUCGUCACUCAAGCAGGAAAAGAUGGAUGUGCAGUGACUGACCUUUUUUGUCAGGUUUGCCUGCAAGUGACCAUUUUCUGAACCAAGUGGGGACUGACAGACAGGUGACACUGCUGAUGGGCUCAGUGCCUGCCAGUUGAGUGACACAAAGCCUCUGGUGAUGGAGGAAGCACCUUCACUAGACAAGAGUCAGUUAUAACCAGGCAUGAAAGACUCUUGGCUGUGGCUGGUUGGGACUGGAUGUGCUGUGCUGCUCCCUUUCUAUGUGGUAAGCCAGCACUUCUUUUGCCUUGUUAAAAUAAAUUCCUUUUU